CCACUUACGGUGCUACCAUUUUAUUUUAUCAACAUACAUAUUCCAUCAACAUGUCUUUAGUCGGUGCCCUUCUCUUCUGUAACGAUUGCGGUGGUCUCCUCGAGAGAUGUCCUGCCUCUCAAGCAAACAUCGAUUGUGAUGUCUGUGGCAAGAGAAACCAAAACAAAUGGCCCACUUCCAUCACCACCGAAUCAGCACCCACAGCAUUCCCCUCUCGUCUCCGCGACGCACGCUCUGAGAUUCAAGUCCUCAGCGCAGAGGAUCGUGAGACUUGGGCAAUGACCACAACAGCAUGUCCCCAGUGUGCGAACCCCGAGAUGAGAUUCAGAGAUGUGCAAUUGAGAGGUGCGGAUGAAGGUAGUACGAUUUUCUACAGGUGUCCGAAGUGUGAUUAUAAAUUUAACACCAACAACUGAGGUUGUGAGGAAGAGAAUUUGGGAGAGGAUGGUGAGCAGGAGAGGCAG